AUGAAAGAACGAUUUCCGAGACGCUACAGACACAAGGAGAUGGACGAAAAGCUAACGCACCGCAGGACGGUGCAGGAGGUCCGCUCCAUACUCCGCUGCCGGAGAGCAGGGAUAUCUGCCCCAGUGGUCUUCUUUGUGGACUACACUUCUCAUUGUAUUUUUCUGGAGGAAAUUGCAAGUUCCUUGACCGUGAGAGACCACAUCAUGUCUCACUCGCAGUCCCCGUCCACGCCAAAGCUGGAGAGGCUGGCUGAACAAAUUGGGCAGAUUUUGGCCAAAAUGCACGAUGAGGAUGUCGUCCAUGGAGACCUGACCACCUCCAACAUGCUGAUAAGAAUCGGCCCGGAGGAUUCCGGGUCGGACCUGGUCCUGAUUGACUUUGGUCUUAGCUACAUUUCGGCUCUGCCAGAGGAUAAGGGCGUUGACCUGUUUGUUUUAGAGAAGGCUUUCCUCAGUACUCAUCCUAACACAGAAAAGUUAUUUGAGACACUGCUUGCAAGCUACGCUAAAUCCUCCAAGAAGUCACCAGCAGUCAUUAAAAAGCUUGAUGAGAUCCGAAUGAGAGGAAGGAAAAGGUCCAUGGUGGGAUGA